AUGUCUCAAGGCGAAAAAGCAGCAGAGAACGUCAAGUCCGGCAUCAAAGGCGUCGUCGGCGCGACAGAAGACAUUCGCAAGAACAUAAACUCCUUCGCCGACGACCUGCUGGGAAGCAAUCACGAAUCCACCGGCAUUCAUCCCCACGCAAAGCAGGCAGGCGGCGAGGCUGAGGCAGCGACCGAGAAGGCAGCAGAGAAGCUCAGCUCGCAUCAUGGAGGACAGACUGUUGGAGGCAGCGAUCCAGUCGCUGGAACGACAACAACAGGCGGAGCGACGACUACAGGCAUCCAUACCGAUAGCCACGCGACGGGAGCACCUGUGACUGACGAGCAUCCCACGAAACCGACGAGUGGAAUGGGCACGCAGUAG